AUGGAGGUUCAUAGUUCAUGGGAUUCCCUUCGCAAACAGGCAAGAAAAAUUGAAGCUCAGUUGGAUGAGCAAAUGGUUUUAUAUCGUAAGUUGGUUUCUACAAAAGCUGAAGCAACUGAGGGUGAUGUAGAGUCUUGGAUUGAGCGAUUACUUAACCAACUCAAACAAGUAAACUCACAGAUGCAAGCUUGGGUGUCCUCUGGCGGAUCAGAAAUGGUAUCUCAUACUCUUACUAGACACCAAGAAAUUUAUCAAGAUCUCAGUCAGGAGUUUUAUCGUCUGCGGUCUAGUCUUAGAGCCAAGCAAGAACAUGCUUCACUACUUGAUGAUUUUAAAGAGUUUGAUCGAACAAGAUUAGAUUUGGAAGAGGGUGGAGGUUCUGAACAGCAAACCCUCCUUAAAGAGCGUGCAUCUAUCAGCCGAAGUACAGGACAGAUGGACUCUGUUAUUUCACAAGCACAAGCAACGCUCGGUGCUCUAGUCUUCCAGCGUUCAACUUUUGGUGGAAUUAAUUCAAAGCUCAGCAACGUGAGCAGUCGCCUUCCAACGGUAAAUACUAUUCUGUCAGCAAUAAAGCGGAAAAAGUCGAUGGAUACCAUUAUACUUUCCCUAGUUGGAUCUGUAUGCAUUUUUCUUAUUUUCAUCUACUGGCUAACCAAGUAA